AUGGACGGGAUGCCUAUGCCAUCAUCUGUAGAGUCUUCGGCUUCGGUCUCAUCAUCUACAGUACAAUCAACGCUUGACUCUAUAAUGCCGACUUCUACGGCAAGCACAGGAGGUGCAGAUAACAUGGGGGGUAUGGGGGACAGGAAAUCGCAAAUGGGGGAAUGUAAGAUCUCUAUGCUUUGGAACUGGGACACGAUCGACACAUGCUUCCUCUCGGAAUCCUGGCACGUCAAGUCCCGCGGUGGAUUCGCAGGCCUAUGCAUCGGCGUCGCGCUGCUCGUGAUCCUGCUCGAGUUUCUCCGCCGCGCGUCUAGGAUCUACGACCAACACUUGAUCCGCCAGCACAUAAAGACUACGAGCGCCCUCGCCGCGACGACCGUGAACAACUCCUCGGACACGGCCAACGGGGCUCUCAUAGCAAAAGAAGGCACUACUGCGGCCCUCGUCCGCGCCACGCCGUUCAGGCCUAAGCUCUGGCAACAGGCCAUCCGCGCUUUGCUGCAUACGCUUCAUUUUGCGCUAGCUUACUGGAUCAUGUUGCUUGCUAUGUACUACAACGGAUAUAUAAUCAUCUGCAUCAUCCUCGGCGCUUUCAUAGGGUUCUUCAUACUGCAAUGGGAGCAAAUAGACCCUCGGGGUGGCAGUGUGGCCAGCUUCGAUGGUGGUAAAGGCGCCACUGGUUGUCAUGGUUAAGCCCUACGGAAUCGAUACGAAUGAAAUCAGUGUAAUAUUAGAGGACUAAGUUAGGGUGCAGAAAUAUCCUGUCAGGAUAGCAGAAGCGGACUUCCGGAAUAGAUAACAACGCGGGGUUGAGGUUUAAUAUAUAUGAAGUGGAAUGUAUGUAUGUAUGAUGAAGGACCAUUUGCAUCGUAUGAUUAAUAUAUCUUCAUACAAACGGACGUACUAAAGUCGACGUUAUCCGAAGUAAUGUUUACGAAUAUCGUCAAAUGAAGGCAUUCAUCCUCAAGGAACCGUAACACACCACGAAA